AUGUUGCUGAGACAGCUGUUGUCAGACUCAGAGGAAGGAGACGUUCAGAGCAGCAGCACAUCCUCUGAAGGACUUCAGACUCUGAUGAUGAUGGAGGUGUCUCUUCUAGUUCUGCUUUUUCUGUCCACUCUGCUGUGCAGCUCAGCAAACCGAGUUGGUGUGACUGUGAGUCCCAGCAGAUCUCAGUUCUUUAAAGGAGAUUCAGUGAUUCUGAACUGUGAGGACGACAGCUCUGCAGGAUGGACUCUGAGGAGGAACACUACAGAAGAAACCAGGAGUCAGUGUGGAUCUGAGUGGGGAUCAGCAGAUGGUUUGUCCUGUGAGAUUGGCUACAUGUAUGAAGAAGAAAGUGGAGUUUACUGGUGUGAGUCCAGAGGGGGAGGAGCCAGCAGCAUGGUGGUUAACAUCAGUGUCUCUGGUGGAUCAGUGAUCCUGCAGAGUCCUGUCCUCCCUGUGAUGGAGGGUCAUGACCUCACUCUGAGCUGUCAAUCAAAGACCCCUCCCUCCAACCCCUCAGCUGCUUUCUAUAAAGAUGGCUCCCUCAUCAGGACUGAGCCUACAGGUCACAUGACCCUCCAGCAUGUUUCCAGGUCUGAUGAAGGUCUCUACAAGUGUCACAUCAGGGAUCAUGGAGAGUCUCCAUCCAGCUGGAUCUCUGUCUCAG